AUGAAAAAUGAUGUCCUUGUUGACUUCUACCUUUCUACUAUCAAAACACAGAUGUGUGAAUUGCAGCUAGUUGGACUAAAAGAAGAUGACCCCCAUUAUGCUGUUGUAAUGCAAGCAAUCGAGUCUGUCAGACGUGAGCUGGGCUCGAUGACUUCGCGUCUGCUCAGUGCUGCCUUACCUACAAAUACUCGGCAUAAACGUUUAUUUCGAACUAAAUAUGUUGAAGAUGUGGACUUACGGAAUAUUGAAAACUGCUUAGUAUCAGCUGCUAAUAAAGUAGUAAAUUUUAAUUUCGGCCAAUCUAAUAUAGAAUGUGAUCUUAGACCGGCUCAAGCAAGUGCCACGGAAUUUUUAGAUACACAUAGUCGAGUUCAAGCUAUGGUUAUCAGUACAAUGGAAGCAUGUUUAACUAGUUUAACUUCUAACGAUACUGAAGAUAAUUCAACCGUCAAUCAAAGAAAUAAUAUCCAGGGUGGUGGUGAUGAUUCAGAUACAGUCGAUAAUGAUUCUAUUUCUGCUUCUAAUGGACAUAGACUGAAUUCAUCGCGUUUAUCACACAUCGCGUCUACUGCUUCAUCAAACGAUUCAUUGAAACAGUCUAAUUCAAAGGUAUCGACGGUAAACAACAACAAUAAGAAUAUUAAUAAUAAAAUAAUUCAUACAUCUGUACAAGUGAAUAUUGCCUCAGUUAUGUAUACAACACCAGUUAAACUUCCAUCACCAGAAUUGUUAACUAUUUCACCGGAUUUAUUUCAUAUCCUGUUAGAACUUGAUUAUUGUUCAGCUCGAUUUGAAUUUGAAUUUGUCAAGUGUGUUUCACGUCGAGUACGUACCCUACAAGAAGCUGAUGAUGUACAGAUGGUAGCUGUACUCUUUUCUGAAACAUUAAUGUGGGGAUUAACUGUAAAAUUAUUAACAGUACAACAAUUAGCUGAUCGUGAUCCAUGCGUUCUGUUAGCUCUACCUCGAUUGAGUAUCUUAGUUGGUUGUCGUUUGUUACCUGAUUCACCUAUCGGUGCAAAUCGUUUAGCUGUGGGCCAACGUUUACCGUUUAUGUUCAGUUCAUCACGUUCUGAGUUAGCCUAUCUCUGUAGACAGUUGUAUGCCCUACGACCAGAUCAAUUAUGCCGGCUAGCUAGAUGGCUUGGACCAAAUGGAUUACCAAAUUUAAUAUAUGAUCAAAAAAUAUCCACUAAACUAUCAUCACAUAUUGAGCAGGAGGAGGAGAAGGAGGAGGAGGCAGCGGCAAAUUUAAACACAACAACAUCUAAUGCAAAAGAAACAGUAGGAAAUGUCAUUAAUACAACACAUGGUUCUCAGCAAACUUUAUCCUCUCUGUCACCACCACCGCCACCACCACCACCACUGACAAGUGGUUCAUUGCCGAGGAAUUUUCUCGGUACAUUCUAUCAAAAAACUCAUGUGUGGAAAACUUAUCUGCCUGGAUUACAUCGUUUAUAUAAGUGUAUUUCAUCUGUGGCUGACCAGUUCGCUAGAGAAUAUCCAACAGAAUUACGAUUUAUCUUACAGAAAGUUAUAGAAAUGCAUGAUACCAGUAGUGAAGUCGAUGCAGAAUCAUCUAAUUCCAAUAAUGAAAAUCCAAAUGGUGAAGAAGAAGAUGACGAAAUACGCAGACAAGUGGAAGAUGACGACAACAGCAGCAACAAGGGAGAAAGUGGUGGUGAUGUUGACGAUGGAGAAACUGAACUUGAAGAAGAAAUAGAAUUCAAUCCAUUCCAUAUGAUAACUAUGAAUGAAAGAAAAAUACAAGAUUUAGCUAAUCUAUUCAAUUGGAAUAAAGUUAUGCAAUUCAACAAGACGACUACAUCAUGUCAACAAAAAGACCAUCACAACCACCCCCACCAACACAACAAACAACAACACCAACAAGAAGGACAACAAGCAAACUUGAAUCAAUUAUUCAAGGAGUAUAGUUUACAUUUUCGAAAAUACGCUAACAGCAGUAUUGUUGAUAAAUGCAUGAAUUCUAUGGAAUCCUCUAGUCGCUGUUCAGCGAAAUCAUCUGAUUGUUGGCUACAAAAAUGUACUACUACUACUACUUCGGCUGCUGCUGCUGCCGGCACUCCUCGCCAUGAUGACACCAGUAUUUCAGCAUUACGUAACAAUAGUAUUUCAUCCAGUAUAGAGGAUAGUGUUAUUCUGGUUGCUGAUGAAAUUGGUUUAGAUGUAGCAGCGUGUUUAAAUCAUGAUGAUAGUGAUUUUGAAAGAUUAACUGAACUGGGUGAUAAUUCUAAGUUGAAGCCAACUUCUCCUGUAAAGAAUAAUAAGAAUAAUAGUAAUGACAAUACUCAUAAUCAAUCGAGUACAUUUACACAAAGGCUGCAAUUAUUAAAUUUAGGCUCACCAAUUGAGGGAAUACAAAAUCUAAAUGAUUCCCUCCUAUUCAAUUAUUUACCCACUUGGCAACCGGAUUCUCCCACAUCCUCAUCAUCAUAUCGAGCUGUUUUCGGCAAUCGAUCAAAGCUUGAAACUGACGAAGACAAUAAUUCUGUACAAUUCACAGAUGAUGAUAUCAUUGAUGAUGGCACAGAUGAUACUGAUGAUUAUCAAUUUGAUUAUGUAGUUGGACGUCAAUGUGCAACGUGUAAUCGUAGCUUCACUUUGAUUUGGCGUCGUCAUCAUUGUCGUCGAUGUGGUCAUAUCUUUUGUUCAAAAUGUUGUAAUCAUUGGCAACCGAUUGAAGGGUUGGCAAGUGAUAAACCAGUACGUAUAUGUCAUGAAUGCUAUGAAUUUCUUAAUCCAAAUAUCUGA